CCAGAAAAGACUCUACAUCUGAUCUUCUCCCGGUCUGCACCAAAACCAACAUGGGCGUCAAAGUCAGACAGCUUUCCGUCUUGCUGGCAGCCCGCAUAGUCGAGCCUCUGAGCUACACUAUCCUGUUCCCCUUUGUCAAUCGCAUGGUGGAGGACAUUCUCCCAAAUAUCCCCAAGUCAAGCGUCGGCAAAUAUUCUGGUAUCAUCGAGAGCAUCUUCGCCUUCUCUUCGGUGCUCUUCAUGUACCAAUGGGGCAGACUGAGCGACAGGAUAGGACGCAAGCCGGUCAUCUUGGCCGGGCUUUGUGGCUUGGGAUUCAGUAUGUGUAUGCUUGGGUUGAGCAAGAGCUUUUGGUGGGCUUUGGGUGCCCGGGCUUUGUGCGGCGCUUUGUGUGGUAAUGCCUCGGUCAUGCGAGCAGUGUUGGGAGAUAUAACACCCAAGAAAGACGAAGGCUGGGUUUACCCGCUCUGGACGAUCGGCUGGGACUUGUCUUGCGUGAUAGGACCUGCCCUCGGCGCUCUGCUGCAAACCCCUGCUUCUCAGUAUCCAAGCUCUUGGAUAGGACAGAUCAAGUUUUUGGAAAAGUAUCCUUACUUUCUGCCUUGCGUUCUCAUCUCAGCAUUGUCCUUUCUAUCAUUCUUCUUAAUCUUGUUCUGUCUGGAAGAGACGCAUCAAGUCCACAAGGACUUGGCCGACAAGCACUCUACGCCAGAUGAGACGAGUCACCUUCUGCCAGAGGUACCUCCCGACUCUCUCAACGCGCCAGCCCCGGUGCACAGCUUCCUCCAGCUUCUUGCCCUCCCCAAGGUCCGCCAAGUGCUCGUCUCCGUCUUCUUCAUCACUUUGACAGCAAUGUCCUUCGAUGCCGGUUUCGUCCUAUUCACCUACUCGCCUAUCCCCCUCGGCGGCAUCGCCCUCUCCCCAUCGUCCAUUGCCCUCUGUCUUUCCAUCAAAGGCUUCAUCUCCAUCGCAGUCAGCUUGCUCCUCUUCCCCCUUGCUCAUCGCAGAUUCGGUAUGCGGCCGCUCUAUCGGCUGUUUGCAACCUGCUGGGUAGGCAUCUUUGCGAUACCACCACUUAUGAAUGUGCUUGCAGCCGGGAAUGAAAGUGGGGCAUGGGUGGAAAACGGAACCUUGAAGGGUUUGUGGUUUUUGAUGGGGCCUCUGGUGCUCUUGUAUGUGUUUGGUGAUUUGUGUUUCCCGUUGAAUAUGAUGGCCCUCAACGCCGCUGCGCCUUCGCCUUCGUCACUCGGCGCUCUCAAUGGCAUCUCGCUUAUUGUGAGCGCACUGGCGAGGACAAUGGGGCCUGCCACAUUCGGACUCUUGUACGGCAUAAGCGCCGAAAAGCAUAUCCCCAUCGUCUGGAUUCUCUUUGGUAGUAUCGCUAUCGUGGCGACCGUUCAAAGUUUCAGGAUCAAAGGCCGGGAAGAGGGGGAUGGGGACGAUCAAGAGGCAUGUCAGGGAGAGAGUCAGGUGCAGAUAUGAUAUGUAGACAUGAUUUUGUAGAGUGUUCUAGAGUAUAGAAGACUGGUUUUCCU